CGUACAAACUUGUCAACCCAUCUGCUUAACUCUUAACUAGUCUAAACGUGUCGAUAUGUAGCCAUGGGAGGUCAAUUAUACCCACCUUUGACCACUCCUACGCACAAUGUGAACGAUCCACUUUUCAUUUAUAGUUUACCAUAAAUUAAUAAAUAAAAACAUUUGAUUUAAUAAAUGUAUGAAUAAAUUUUUAUCUUUUCUGAUAUGAUGAUAUCCUUUUUUUCAUUGAUUGAUUUGCUAAGAUUCUUAAGGACGAGAUUGAAUCAUUUGUGAUGUUUACAUAAUUCAUCAAUAAUAAAGGAUAGGUUAUGGGGGUCACUUUAUACUGUAUAGUAGUGGUGGCCUAACAACUAAGGACAACUUGGAUAUGAAAAACAAAUAUUUGUAAUUAUUAUUUUAAAUAUAUUAUAUUUUUGUAAAUUUUAAAUACAUAUUAAUUAAAAUUUCUCUCGCUCAUUCUUGUAGAUCUCCGACCAUCUUUGACAUCUUUGUGUUACUUCUUCUCGAUUCUUCUCUAUAUCUGUUUAAAUGAACCAAUACCAGUUAAACGCGAACUAAUACCAGUUAAAAAUGAAUCAAUAUCAGUUCAACGUGAACUAAUAUCAGUUGAAAACAGAUAUGGUAUGGAGAGAGAGAGAGAGAGAGACAUGGGAGAGAGAACUCACCAAAUCUUGCAGACAUGGAGUGGCUGGUAGAAUGGAAAGUCAUCGGCGUUUGAGAGAGUUGCAUGCGUUGACAGAAAGGAAAGUUGUUGCCUUCGAUGUGAGGAAUACGACGGAGAGGUGGAGGUACUGGUUGGCAGAGGGAAGACGGAGAGAGUAGGAGGUAUAGGCGGAAGUUUUACCGGUGUAUGAAAGACAGGGAGAGAAUAUGAGAAGGGGAGAGACGACUAGGGAAAGAAAGAGAGAAAGUCAAACAUGAAAGGAAAGUGAUCAAAUGCACCAGAUUUGUUGUUUCCAAAAUUACACAGAGCAAUCGUGACCUUCCAUUUUAAAAAGAAGGAUAAAAAACAUAUGAUAAAAAGGUAGAUUGUCACAGCGAGGUUGUCACCAUAAUCUAUCCCGAUAACACAGUGUGACCAUAUUACUCUAUUAAUCAAUAUAAAAUUUUCGAUUAUUAAUUUACCCAAUAUAAUCUUAGCUACGAAUACGAUUUUACCACCACGAUAAAUAAACAAAUUGCACUAACUCAUUCGUCAUUCGUCAACCAUGCAAUCCAAACCGGUGGAUAUGUGGGUGCGUCAACAAUACCCACGUAUGACGUAUGACCACACCAACGCACAUAGUUGAAAGGUCCAAUUUAUUCUUUUAUAGUUGACAAUAAAUAAUAAAAACUUUUCUUUCAUAGUGGCCGCCAACAACCCAAAUAAACGCAUCUUCUAGAUUGUUUUUUUAGUUUUUACAAAGCAAAUAAUGAAAUAGUUUUUAUUUAUUUUUCUUAGUUGAUGAGAUCCAUAUGGCCGAAAUUAAAGCAUUUAUCAUAUUUCCAUAACUCAUCAAUAAUACCAAGGAAAGCAAUAUAAGCACCAUUGCUCCCCGCCAGUGUGUACUAACAACUCAGCUCUUCUCCUUCGUCGUUUUCUGGCCUCUCCCCCUCGCCUCCAUCUCUCCGAUCAAAAAAUCCCAAUUCCCUCUCUAAACCAAAAUCAAGAUCUCUUCCAUGGCGGAAACUCAAUCCCCACGCAUCGCAAUUCUGCCCAGCCCGGGGAUGGGCCACCUCAUCCCGCUCGUCGAGCUAGCCAAGCGCCUCGUCAACAACCACAACCUCUCCGUCACUUUCAUCGUCCCCUCCGCCGACGGCCCUCCUCCCGCCGCCGUGAAAUCCGUCCUCGACUCCCUCCCCUCCCCCGCCGUCGAUUACGUCUUCCUCCCACCCGCCUCCCUCUCCGACGCCCCCCCGGACGCCAAGAUCGAGACCAUCAUCUCCAUCACCGUCGCCCGCUCCCUCCCUUCCCUCCGCUCUACCCUCUCCUCCGCCAGCCGCCGCUUCUCCGCCCUCGUCGUCGACCUCUUCGGCACCGACGCCUUCGACGCCGCCGUCGAAUUCGGCGCCGCGCCGUACAUCUUCUUCCCUUCCACCGCCAUGGCGCUCUCUCUGUUCCUACAUCUCCCCAAGCUCGACGAAUCGGUCACUUCCCCUUAUUCAGAUCUAGAGGAGCCGGUUCAAAUACCCGGAUGCAUACCCAUCCGGGGCUCCGACCUUCUCGACCCGGUUCAGGACCGGAGCAACGACGCCUACAAGUGGCUGCUCCACCACUCCAAACGGUACCGUUUGGCAGAGGGUGUUAUGGUGAACAGCUUCCCCGAAUUGGAGCCGGGGCCAAUUAAAUCUCUCCGAGAAAAGAUUCAACGACCGCCGGUCUAUCCGGUUGGACCUCUGGUCAACGUGGGCGGAAGCGAAACCAAAUCGGAUUCAUGCCUGGACUGGCUAGACCGCCAGCCUCACGGUUCGGUCCUAUUCGUGUCGUUCGGGAGCGGCGGGACCCUCUCGUACAACCAGGUCACCGAGCUGGCCACGGGGCUCGAGGCGAGCGGGCAGCGGUUCCUGUGGGUGGUCAGGAGCCCGGACGAGCGAACCGCGAACGCCUCGUUCUUCACGGUCCGGUCCGAGAGCGACCCUUUCCCGUUCCUGCCCGAGGGGUUCCUGGACCGGACCAGGGACCGGGGGCUCGUGGUGCCGUCCUGGGCCCCACAGGCUCGGGUGCUGAGCCACGGGUCCACGGGAGGGUUCCUGACGCACUGCGGGUGGAACUCGACGCUCGAGAGCGUGGUGAACGGGGUCCCGCUGAUCGUGUGGCCGCUGUACGCGGAGCAGAGGAUGAACGCGGUGAUGCUGGCGGAGGACAUCAAGGUGGCGUUGAGGCCGAGGAAGGGAGAGGACGGGUUGAUUGGGAGGGAGGAGAUCGCCGGCGUGGUGAGGAGGUUGAUGGAAGGGGAAGAAGGGAAGAAGGCGCGUUAUCGGAUGAAGGAAUUGAAGGAAGCGGCGGCGAGGGCUGUGACGGCGGCUCCGGAAGGUUGUUCGAGCAAGGCGCUGUCGGAUGUGGUCCAGAAGUGGCGGCAGGACCAGAAGUGUAUCAAUAAUUAGGGAUAUCUCUUUUUUUUCCCCCUUCUUUUUCGUUUAUUGUUCAAGUUAUUAUAUGUAAAUGAUUGGCUUUGUUAUAUCCAGCUUUCAUGUAAAGCCUUCUAGGAUUAACAACUUGAAUAAAAUAAUUGUUCAACUACUAAUCUACUACGGGGUAAUGUUAGUGUGAUCAGUGAUGGUUGGGCGGCUUUAUGAUUAGUUAUUUAUGGUUUUGUUCGAUAACUCAUGACGACAAUGGUGAUGAGUUGGUGGAUAUUGCAACUUCAACAAUCAUCAUGAUAAAUCUGACCGUAUUUCACAAUAAUCUUGGCUUCCAUGAUCCAGUGCUUGAAAACUGCAAUGAGGAAGCAAUGAUUGAUGAGAAGAAAACGCAAAAGAAAGUAGCAGAUUAACAAUAGUGUCAAAGAAAUCCUAGCAACUGAGUUUGCAAGUCCCCGGCCCACAAGAAAUGGGCAAGCCCAGCCAACUGCAAGUCCGUUUGACUGAUAAGAAAAUAGUCAGUUCUGUGGGCCUAAGGCGCCAAGCAGUCUGCAAAAGUUCGUUCAAUAGGGAAACCAGAGAUAAAAAUGCGGUGAGCGUGGAUCGAACACGCGACCUUCAGAUCUUCAGUCUGACGCUCUCCCAACUGAGCUAUCCCCGCAAGUGAUGACAUAGUCAGUAACUAAAAUUAACUAUACUAUAUGUUUGAUUUUGAGGAUUAAAAUUUAAGAUAAUCUUUUUCGCCUGGGUUGCUAUAUAAGUCCUGUUCUUUGUGGAAAGGUUGCCCUGAUAGACGAUAGUGAAGGUAGAUAUAAUAAAGGGUAAACAGACAG